AUGUCCAAUACCAAUGUUAAUAAUGAAUUAGUUUCACAUAAAGCUUUCGGAAUACCGUUAAUUCUCUCAAACAUUUUCGUGUACAUUGCGCUAGAACAACACGUACUUUCCUGUUCUCUGGUAAAUCAUUUGUGGAAUCAGCUUGCCACCGAACGUCUAUGGUACAAAUUCCGUGGACUAGCCAACGAAUCAAAAACCAAGUCUUUCAGAAAAUUCCUAAAUGUGUUACGUGAAUCACGUCAAGGAAAAUGUCUUCAUCGAUAUGAAAGAUACGUGAGAGUGUUAGACUUGGAACGUCUCAGAUUUAGUCACGAGACGUUACUGGAAACACUUCAGUGUUGCCCGCGACUAGAGUUAAUUAUAUUGCGGGGUGGGAAAUUGGACGGCGCAAAAUUUGGACAGAUUGCUGAGCAUAUGCCAAAUAUUAAAGUCAUGAAAUUGAAAGAUUCGUCUAUUUAUGAUGGUAAUGCCUUGGUGGCAUUGGCAAAGUAUUGCCCGAAUUUGGAAGAAUUGUCGUUGAAAAGAGAUAUCGAGUGUUAUGGAGAAGUAGUCAUUGAAAUAAUGAAGAAUUGUCCACGCAUAACACGACUAAUUAUCGAACAAAAGACAUACGAAGACGACAUACUGAAACAAAUAUUAUUACAUUGCCCAAAUCUAGGCACUUUAAUUCUAGAUCAUUGCAUCAACAUUUCAGAAAAUUUUCUGCUCACCAUCUACAACUAUUGUCCGUUGCUGAGUUCACUAAUACUAACCCACGUUUAUCAGGUGUCAACUGAGUUUUUAUUGGCGACUGUACGAUUCUUCGACAACGCUCCGAAACUUUCAAUUCAAAAGGUGGACAAGCCACUUGAUAGUCGUGUCGAAGCGAGCCAAGAGAAAAUUGAAGUUAAUUGGGUGAGUUGUGAUCUUGGCCGUAUUUUAGAAUUUUAUCGAACCCGAAAACGACGCUUAGAGAUUUUGCAAAUGACUGGGCUCACGUUAAGUCAUGUCACUCUGAAUAUUCUGUGCGAGAGUCUUGAUCUUUCUAUUUUACAUUUGGAUCGUGUUGAUGGGUUAAUGAAAUCUGAUAUUCUUGCAGCAGUUUCUAAACUGAAAAAUCUGUCAACUCUUCGAGUGCAUUUUCAGACAUAUGAAGUGAAUCCGUUGCUUAGCGAUGAACUAAAGAAAAUCGCUGAAGCUUGUCCAUCACUUCAUUAUAUUGAAGAUCUUAACCACUCAUUUAUUAUUUUCAAGCCUAAAAAGAAAAAAGUUGACAAGUUUCCAAAGUUUAAUUUUGGUACAACGUUCGAGACUUCAAGUUCUACCUCGAAAUCACAACCAGCCUCUUCAAAUGCUGAAGAAGAACCGGCAUCAGCAGAGGAAACAGACGGGCUAGAAGCUUUGCGAGCCAUGCUUCCAACUUCUUUUGGCGUUAAAAAGAACACGAAAGUUUCAACUGAGGCCUUCGCUAAAACACGACGAAAAGAGGAAGAGGCUAAAAGUGUGGAAAUUGGGCCGCUUCCGUCUGAAACUGGUUCUCCGGCAAAAGGCAAGCGUGUCAGAACUGAGACGAGUCAGCCAUCUGGAGAGCGUUUUGAGAGUGAUACGUUAGCUCUUGAUCCUGCUGGAGCGCGGCUGAUCACCGGAAGUUACGAUUAUGAUAUAAAGUUUUGGGAUUUUGCAGGGAUGGAUUCUAGCUUGCGCCCGUUUCGUAGUCUUCGUCCGUGUGGUGAUCAUCAAAUUCAUCAUAUCGAAUAUAGUCUAAGUGGAGACCAGUUCUUGAUUAUUUCCGGUUCUGCGCGACCAAAGUUGUAUGAUCGAGAUGGAUUUGAAAUUGAAGAAUAUAUUAAGGGUGACCCGUAUAUACGUGAUAUGAGAAAUACAAGCGGACACGUGGCAGCACUAACAUCUGGCGGAUGGCAUCCACAUGAUAAACAAUACUUUUUUACAGCCUCUGCUGAUAGCACAAUAAGAUUAUGGGAUGUAGAAAAUAAACGUAAACAGAAACAAGUUAUUGUGUUUAAGACUAAAGAACGUGGUGGUAGGACUAUAGUCACGGCAACUGUUUAUAGUCCUGACGCUAAAUUAAUCGCUGCUGCUGCUCAAGAUGGCAACCUGUGUCUCUGGCCUGCAAAUGGACCCUAUGCUCGUCCCUCGCACAUCAUAGAAAAGGCACAUUCGCCACACAGUGAAACAUCCUCAAUAAUAUUUUCGCGAAAUAAUUGGACGGUGGUUACAAGAGGCGGCGAUGAUACUGUCAAAGUAUGGGAUACGAGAAACUUUAAGAGUGUUGUAUCGGUAGCGAGUGAUCUUCCAAGCUAUAAUCCCGAAAAUAACGCGAUAUUCAAUCCAGAUGAACGAACUGCGGUUAAAAGGGGAGCGGGGUAUGGAAAACUCGUGAUGAUGGAUCGAAACACACUGCAGAUUGUACGGACAAUUAGUAUAACACAAUCCAGUGUAAUACGAGUAUUAUGGCAUUCUAGAAUAAAUCAGAUCAUAACAGGAAGCGCUGACGGCUCCGCUCACGUAUUUUACGAUCCGAAUGUAAGCGUCCGAGGCGCAAAACUCUGUGUCGUCAAAGAACCAAAGAAACGGUCGAUCGAUGACUUUGAAAUCAAUCGACCGAUUAUUGCGCCACAUUCGUUGGCUCUAUUUCGAGACGAUAGACCGAAAACGACAAAGAGAAAACGAGAGAAACUUCGUAAAGAUCCAAUUGCUUCAAGGAGACCUGAUUUACCUGUUAGUGGGCCUGGUAAAGGUGGAAAGAUUGGUAGCAGUUUAACGCAACAUAUCAUGAAAGAUUUGAUAAGAGAUACAACUAGAGACGAGGAUCCACGUGAAGCGUUAUUGAAAUUUGCCACAAUAUCUGAAACCGAUCCAAAAUGGAUAGGAGCAGGUAAUGUUAAAAAAGAGUUUUCAGUUCAUAUAAACAAACGCAGCCAGUUCCCAUUUUAG